AUGGAAUCUCGUCAACCUAAUAUUAAGGGGACUAAUAUUAAGAAUAAUAGAGAAGCAACUCAAUUAUCACCAGAACUACCAAAGUCAUUUGCAAGUACUGUCAAACAAAAUCAAAAUGCAAAGGAAUUUGUGGCCACGAAACAGGCCACGACAUCUGCUACCACAGAGGUACAAGCCGAGAAAAUAAGUAGUAUGAAACCCAAUACGGAAGAAGAAAUUAAGAAGAAAGAGACAGAGAAGAAAAAAGAAAGUGAAGAAUGGACAGUCAUUCAUAGGAAAAAAAUAGGUACCCGAACAGUGAAGUCAAAAGAGGAGAUAACACAACCUCUCUAG